AUGGCAACCUGCUGCCAACGCUUCUUUCUUCUUACUGUUACCCUCUGCCUCUUUAAUUCUUUCAGCAGCUUCGUUCGAGCGCAGAGUCCGGCACCCUUUGAGGCAACAUGGUCUUCCUCGACAUUCGGCCCCGAUGGUCCGUGGCAGGCAGUUGAGGUCAUCGUUGGAGAAGAUUCCAAGGUUGCCCUGUAUCCCGGUCACACAUUCCAGUCGUUGAUCAUCGCCACCGACUACUGCAAACUCAACAGUUCCAAUGGGUGCUACGCCUCCAAAGCCGGGACCUACAACCCGGCGCAGGCCCUCCGGGAUGGUACCGGCUCCGCGUCCGGCAUCCAGUAUCGGCCGCCGCUGUACGAGUGGAUGGCCGGAAUGGACGUCCGAGGACAGCUGCUCACAUCCUGGGUAGACUCGAUGGUUCUCAAAUCCGCCUCGACGGCUGGACCGAUCCACCGCGUGGAAAACGUCAGUCUCACGCUCGUCCAGAACCAAAUGAUCGCCUAUCCCGGCGGGACGUGGUAUCCGGCCUUUGCUGGAUGCCUGGGUGUCGGAGCUGCAAACACCAUCAACCAGUCUUUCACAACACCAUCCUACUUGAUCAACGCUAGUCUCGUCCCGGGCACGUUGUGGAUGAAGAGCCAGAUAACAUCCAACUCGUUCAGCAUGCAUAUCGGCUCGGUGGCUUCGCGCAUGGCUGGGUCACUGUGGUUUGGCGGAUUCGACAAGAACCGGCUCGUUGGCGACGUUCUGGUGGCAGACGAGGACUUUGUCAGGAGCCCCGUCACUCUCAAAGACAUCAGCAUCGAUGUAAUCCAAGGAGCAUCGCCGUUCAACUUCACGGCCCAAGGUGGUCUGUUAGCCUUGGGAAACAGCUCCAUCGGCAAUGGCUUGCGCGUGGCUGUCGAUGGCUGCGCCCCCUACCUCACUCUUCCGAAGUCAACUUGCGACAACAUUGCUUCUCAUCUCCCUGUCAACUACAACGCCGAUCUUGGUCUGUACUUCUGGGACACCGAGUCCCCCAAGUACAGCCAAAUAGUAACAUCCGCAUCGACCUUGUCUUUCACGUUCCUCUCCGAGUCCAAUACCAAGACGACGACCAUCCGGGUGCCUUUCUUCCAUCUGAACCUGACGCUUUCCGAACCCCUUGUGGAUUCUCCAACGCCAUACUUUCCGUGCUUCACUGGUGGACCUGGUACAUACAACCUGGGAAGGGCCUUUCUCCAAGACGCGUUCAUCGGGGCCAACUGGGGCCAGUCGAAAUGGUGGCUUGGCCAGGCCCCAGGACCGAAUAUUCAGCUAUCUCCUAGUGUCGUCGAUAUUGCUGAAGAAGACUCGAUCAUCAGCGGUGGCAAAAACGACUGGGAAGAGUCGUGGAAGGGGGUUUGGAAAGCUCUCACGGAAGACCAGGCCAAUGGCACAACGCCGGUGGAACCUCCAGUUCAGACGACAAGUGGCAGUCCUAGCGGAGUGUCUAGCGAUGAAACUCAAGCGACACCUGGACUGUCGACUGCGGCCAAAGCAGGGAUCGGUGCUGGUGCAGCGGCUCUGUUGUUGGUGGCUAUCGGAACAGCUAUCCUUUAUUGGCGGCGGCGGCGAUCACAGCAACGAGAGGGUUCGGUUCGACAUAGUGUACCACCACAAUACCAGGACAUUGGCGGACGCUUCCACUCUCAAGUGCUUGCUGAGCCAUACAAAGCCCCGGUGGAGGUUUACGGCUCAUUUCCUGUGCAGAUACAAGAGGUUCCUGCCGGGAAUGAGCGGGCGAGGACAAACAAGACUUCCAACGCACGAGUAGAAUUGCCGUAA